UUUCUAAUUUUGCUCACAUUUGUUUUUGGUCAUUAAAUGUUAUUUUGAUCUGUUUUGGAUUCGAUUUUAACUGAUUUUUGGUUAAAAAUAAAAAGAGUUGAAGAAGAAGUGAUAUACAUGUGAAAAAAGUUCUAUGAAUGAAAAAAAUAAAAAAAAAAAUAAAUCGAGAGCCUAUCUUCCAUUUCAACGUCGGAAUCAGAUUCGUCAUAAUAGUUUGCAAUGUCUUCUAAAAAACAAUUGAUGAACCAUUUUUGCGAAUCACUAUGAAAACAUAAUGCAAACAUGUUCAAUCUACGUAUUGAUCCUCGAAUUUUGUAAAAAAGCCAAAUAAAAUAUUUAAGAAAUGAUAAAAAUUGCAAACAUUGCGAAAUACUGCUGUAUCACUUUGCCCCCAACAAAGUGUAUCACUCUGCCCCAGGCAUGUUUUUCACUUUCGGUCGAAUUUUUUCAGCAACCCGUGGAUAAAAUCUAAAACAUUUAUUAUUAAAUGAAAGAAGGCCGUCGGUAUGAACUCCAAUACAUUUUUUGUUAUUAGUGCUGCUUCUUCUUUUUCUCACUAUGGGCGCAACCAUUUUCAAGCUAAAAGUCAAAUGGAUGCGUUUAAUGAAACGUCAAAAUGCGCGUAUGGCUAAUUUGUUCUAAACGUGUAUCUGUAGUUAAGUUUGAAGCUAAUGUGUGAAUAAUCAAAUAAAUAGUACUUUUUGUAUUAAAAAUAAAAAUAAAAGAAUAAAAUUAGCUGUGUAAAAUUUUAUCGGCGCCUAUACAAGUCGAUUCAAAAAAACUGUAAAUGGAAUACUGCACAAUAAGCCAAGAAAACGAAUAAUUUUAUCGGCACAGAAUAUUUUUUAAGCCGACAGAAAUAUCUUUUGCCACAAUAUUGCUAUUAGUUGCAAACAAAUUAUUAAACAUAUUUUUCGACUUUACUUUAUUUUAUUUUUUCUUACCUAGAAUAACUGUGAUCCAGAAAUAUAUGAUUUCUUUCGUCCUGCAUUGUAUUCACAAACUUUGUUCACAAGCAAAUGUUUUCAUUUCAACAUUGCGUGUGGUACUAUUUAGUACUUUGCAUUUUUGAAAUUCCAUUAAACGCACUUAUUUAAAAAUGAAUAUGCCAAUAUGGCUGCACCCAUAGUGUAAAUAAGAAGAAGCAGUGUCUAUUUAGCAACUGCAUACCGGUGAAGAAGGCUUUAAUAGCAACAGAUUAUAUUCACCUCAAUCCUGGCAUAUGAAAAGAAAUUUUAAAAAAUCGAGAUUCUAAAGUGUGAAAAAAUGGUAACGGUAUGUGCCGAAAACACAAAUUUGACUGUACGACGACUAUCGUUGGUUCGACGUACUGAGUGUGUCUUUGCCAAGUGUGUGCCUAUUAACAGCUGAUUUGAAUACAACAGUUUGACAUUUUGUGUUACCGUUUUAAAAAAAAUUGGGGUGUAUCAGUGUGCCCCGUGUAUCACUCUGCCCCCAUUUCCCCUAUGAAUAAUUAUAAAUAAGAAAUUUGUCAUAAUAUUUUUAAUAUUCAAAGUGAAAUAAGAAAUGAAAUAAUAGUGAGAGAUAAUGCGACCACGUAGAAAAUCGGUAUUCAUAGCACGAAAACAAAUUCGUGCAUCAUUAAGAGGCCUGGGAAUGCCUGUCCGAGAUGACAGCGUUGACGACAUGGCAUCAAAUAAUUCAUCAAAUCGUUCGCCCAGUCGUUCACCAGCUGCAAAACGAUCACGAAUAGAUGCCAGUGAUGCACCAAGUGGUGUAGUUCCAGCUCAAGCUCAAAGCCAAGCAUCAGAAUCAGUUAGUUCGACAAUGAGACCAAAUGAGCAAACGAAACAACGUCGCCGGAAAGCCAAUCGAACGGGAUUUGAUCGACCAAAGAGAAGGAGACCACAACAAAAUCGGCCAACAAAUACUUCAACAAGUAUUUCUGGACAAACGCAAAAUUCUGCGAAUUUGCCCGAUUGUGUCGCUUUCAUAAAUCAAAUGCAGCCCAUCCAAAUGAGCAUGGUAAAUCAAAUGGGUGGCCAAAUGACUCGAUCACCAAGUCCAUUUCCAUCCACAUCAACAUCAAAUGUGAAUCACGUGCCACUGAAUGCACCAAAUGCCAUUCCACAGCCAUCCACAUCGACAGCGGUACACGAGGAAGGCGACGAGGUCGGCAACAACGGCAACGAGGGCGACGAGGACGGCAACAAAAACCGUUGCCAGUGCCACGCGGUUUUUUGUUUGAGACGCACAGCAAAUAUGACUGGUACAAGUAUGUUUACGAAUUGUUGAAUUUACAACAUGUAAUCCAUGCGCACAAUGCAGUCAAUCCGUUAACAACAAUAACAACAACAAUGAUGAUGAUGGUGAUGAUGACAAUAAUGCAGUUCCGAAUCCAGAACAACCGGAUCCAGUGCCGCCAAUCAUUCAACGUGCUUACGAUUCAGGUCAGAUAAAAAGAAUUAUCGGUUGUGAUCCGGGCUACAGAGAAUUUGUGAGGGUCGUACGCAAAGAUUUGGCAACCGAUAAUGAAGAAAAUUUUCUGAAAUCAUCGAAAGAGUGGCACCAUAUGACCGGUUUUUUCGACCGUCAAUACAAACUGUUGCGAUUUACGGGUGCGUUUGAGAAAAAAUGCCGUAAACUGCGUGAAAAUCGCGAAAUCUAUUAGGAAACGCCAUCGAAGAAAAGUGCCAACUACCGUACCUAUCUGGAUUACCAGCUGGAUGUGGUGACCGGUCAUCUAUUAAUUAUUUUCGUUAUUAUUAUUGCAAAACUUAUUCAAUUUAUACAAUUUUGCAAUUUUAUUUGCAAGAAAAAAAUAUAUUGGAACCUGGCGUGAAAGAGAUGGCGCUUCUUAAAUCGAGUCGCGUUCAAAUACAUUGUCAAUAUACAACGCAAGUGAUACUCGUCAUAGAUACACGACUAUGAUAACUGUUUUGAAAAAUAAAUACCUUUCCUUUCUGUGUCAAACCCAGGACUAUUGACUGUAAAAACAGUCAGCUAACUAUAAAAGUGAAACACAUUUCCCAUAUAAAAUUUUCGUUUUUUUUGUGAUUUUUAUAUGAAAAGUGUAUCAAAAAUUGGUUGUAUCUC